UUACAGUAAAAGAAGAGGAGGAAGAGAAAGAGGAGGAUGCAGUUUUUGAAGUGAAGGAGGAGGAGGGGGAGAUGACUGUCAUAUUGACAGAGGAGUCAGGAGAUCUGAUUACCAGCAGAGAGGGACCAGACUCUCACUCUGACAGCGGGGAGACUCCUUCAGGGGAACCAGACCCAGAGACGCCCAAACCAGCGCGACAACACCACUGUUCCCAGUGUGGAAAGAAUUUUAAGUGGUUAAGGAACCUGAAAGUACAUGAGAGAACGCAUACAGGAGAAAACCCUUACGAUUGCUCCCACUGUGGAAAGAGUUUUACCAAGUUAGGGAACCUAAAAGAGCAUGAGAGGACACACACAAGAGAAAAGUGUUUCCAAUGUUCCCAGUGUGGAAAGGGGUUUACCCAGUUACGGUACCUGAAACAACAUGAAGAAAUACACACAGAAGAUAGGAAGACCUACCACUGCUCUCAGUGUGGAAAGAUAUUUACUGGGUUAGGGAACCUGAAAAUACAUAUGAGAAUACACUCUGGAGACAAGCCUUACCACUGUUCCCACUGUGUAAAGAGUUUUACUCAGUUAGGGAGCCUGAAAACACAUGAGAGGGGACACACUGGAGAGAAGCCUUAUCACUGUUCCCACUGUGGGAAGAAUUUUAGGUGGUAUGUGAGCCUGAAGGAGCAUGAGAGAAUACACACAGGAGAAAAGCCGUACCACUGUUCCAAUUGUGAAAAGAGUUUUACCCAUCAAGGGAGCCUGAAAGUGCAUGAGAGAAUACACUCAGGAGAAAAACCUUACCAAUGUUCCCGGUGUGAAAAGAGUUUUACCCGGUUAGGGAGCUUGAAAAGGCAUGAGAGAAUACACACAGGAGAAAAGCCUUUCCAACAUACUAAGACACAGGAGGAGAAGACAUACCACUGCUCUCAUUGUGAAAAAACAUUUUCCCAGUCAGAGGACCUGAAAUCACACGAGAGAAUAGAGAGGCUGUGUUCUGACUUAUGUUUUUGAUUGAGAAAUUGUGUUUUUGUUCAUGCUACAUUAAAUCAUAUUGUAUGAAUGAAAACAUACUGAAAAAUAGGUCAACAUUUUAUUUUCCAGAUCAAGACAUGAUCAUGUCAAAUCGGAUUAAAAUAGUUAAAAAAUAUAUAUUAUGAACUUAAGAUUGAUUGAAUGCAAGUGUAAACCCCUACAUGUUGUUCACUAUACAAUUGAGAUAUUUCAAAAAUGUUAAUUAUUAAAUAGAUUAAUGUUAGUAUUUCUUCAUUCAGAUUGUCAUUGUAAAUGCGAAUUGGUUCUCAAUUGACAUAUCUGAUUAAAUAAAGGGGAAAUAAAGUAUAUGCCAUAUUAUUUAUGGGAGUCUAUUUGAUUCUAAAUUCUGACAUAUAAAGUGUGUAUGUGAAAACAAUUUUUAAGAUGCUGCGUAGUGAUUUUCCAAACUCACUUCAAAGAGAGAGACUUGAGGAUGUGACAUGUUUGUGACAUCACUGCUAUUUCCAAUCUGAGUGUCCAUUCCAUCCUUUCCUCUAUUUAGAAUCUAAUAGUGUUCCUUUCUUCUAUUUAGAAUCUAAUAGUGUUCCAUUCCAUCCUUUUCACUAUAUAGAAUCUAAUAGUGUUCCUUUCCUCUAUUUAGAAUCUAAAUAGCAGCAGCCUCUAAUGUGCUAGUGAUGGCUA